AUGGGAAACUGUGUGUUUGAGAACGUUGCAAUGACCUCGUCCAGUGAUCGUUUCGAACACGUGAAAGCCAUCAUCUUAUCCUGUCAUGAAGACACGUCUGCAGAGGAGAAGAUGCGUUUCUAUGAUGCCUGGGCCAAGAGCUAUGAUCAGGACCUGUCUGUGUUGGAUUAUCGUGCACCUGUGAUUUCUGCCAACGCUCUCUCCUCUCAUUUCACUGGAGACAGAAACACAGCGCUGGUGUUAGAUGUGGCCUGUGGCACAGGACUGGUGGCCAAAGAGUUGAGGAGUCUCGGCUUCAGUCGUUUCGUGGGGGUCGACGGCAGUUCGGCCAUGUUGGAAAUGGCAAAGAACGCCGGACUCUACGAGGACGUGAAGCAGUGCAUACUGGGAAGUCAGCCUUUACCGUUUCAGCAUGGAACGUUUGAGGCUGUGAUCAUCGUUGGAGCUCUCAGCGAUGGUCAGGUUCCUGUGAAAGUGGUCAGAGAGUUGUGCAUGCUGACCAAACCGGGAGGCUUCACGUGUUUGACCACCAGAGCCAACAGAGAUAAUCUUGCGUACAAAAACAGCCUGGAGGAGGAGCUGAGGAGUCUGGAGCAGCAGGCUCUGUGGAGGCGGGUCCAAACGCUCAACGUCGACCAAUGGGAACGCGCCGUGUCACACCACGAGCACGGAUACAUCUCAGGAGUGGUCUACCUCUUCCAGAGACUGUGA